AUGUGGCUGUGUCUUUUUGUUCUCUCGUUGUGCUUUCAUCACGGCAAUGCCGUCAUUCCGGCGUUGGACCUCACCGACGCCGAGAUCAAGGACUUGGCGCAGAAAAUGAGAGAUGCGGACGCGGAGAAGCCCAAGUUCUGCGAGUUCUACGUGGAUUUUCAGGGUCAUUUCGAUGGUGGAGACACUGACUACGCCCCGAAACCGUGAGUUCAUUGUCACAAAUAAUAUCAGUCUGUCGGGAAAAUAACGGCGGAUUGUCGCAGCAAAAUUUCUCGCCUCGCCGCUAUCGCGCACCAAAUCCCCAGCCGCGGCUUUCAGUCGCAGAGCGAUGAUGGGCGAUUCCAAGGCGCGACGAUCCGCCGUUAUUUUCCUAAUAAGCACAAUGUCGCUACGCCCACGACACAAUUCAUUUUUUUGGUGGCAACGCGAUUUUCGUUGCGACAGAGUGCUCAUUAUUUUCCCGACAAAAUGAUAGAGUUCAAUAUAUUACAUCUUGCAGGUUAUUCAAAUGGACCCGGUCUUCCAUUUUGUCGCAGCCCAGCUACAAAGCCCUCCUGGAUUUGGCGCCCUUGUUCAAUCCGCAGACCGGAAUCGCCGAAGACAACAGUCCGGCCAAGCAGCAGAAGGAGAGGGCGUUCAUUAUGGCCGUCUUUAGCAGUGGUCCCUUCACGCAACUGAUCAAUGUCCUCAGGAGCAAGAAUCAUCCGUUCGCCAAGAGCCCCGACACCCUCAAGCAGUCCAUGUUCGAGCUGUGGUUUGGGAUGUUCUCCAGAGCCAAGGGAAAGUUGGAUUCCUCGGCUUUCGAGCAUGUUUUCCUCGGCGAGGUGUGCAUAAUAUUAUAUAAUGGGCGUUCUGUCACAUUGAAAAUCGCGUGGCUAAAGUGAAAAGCAAUUUGAUUUUAUCGCGAAAAAAGUAUAUUUCCUAGGCGGCGAUGCGAUUUUCAAUAUGGCACAGUGCUCAUUACUUUCCCGAUAUACUAAUAGCUCUUUUUAGGCCAAGAAUGGAGAAGUCUCGGGGAUGCAUAACUGGGUGGUUAUGAACAACCUCGAAAAUGGUCCAAAGGGCGCCCUUGACUACAGAGGAUUCAUCAUCAAGAGAGCGGUAGGCCAUGUCGCCCAACGAUCCCACUAUUUUACAGGAUAUCAUUGCAUCGGCAAACUUUAAAUGGGGCAGUUUGGUGAAGAAGACGGGAAGUUUCUUGAUUGGGACGUCGCCGGCGUUCGACUUUUCGCUUCUUACGAUGUGUUUCUUGGCCAGAAGGGGAAAUAAGAAGUGCGAAGUGAGUUGUGGCUUGUAUUAGUACUACACGGCUCAAGAAGUCCUGAGAAAUUUGCGCUUUAUGAAAAUUCUAAUAGCAUUGACCGCUAAAAAUUUUUAGACGAUAAUUGAUGGAUGCCCUGUGAAUGUGCAAAGCUACGACCUGAACCAGAAUGGGCGAGACUUCAUUGGGACCGUCUAUCCGGAGCCCGGCCCUUCGGCUCCCACCUGUAUGGCCAACUUCAAGCAACGGGCGACGCUCUCCAAACAGGGAUGA